AUCGCUUAUGUACUCGAUAUUCUCUACAGAAGUUGUGAGUAUAACUUGGACUGAGCACAUUGCUCAUAUUUAUAUUGACAUUUAAGUAAAAAUAAAGUAGGGAAGAAAAUUGGGUAAUAGAAUCAUUAUAAAGUGGCUGGCUCAGAAUCAAUUUCUAAAGAUUAUAGCUGUUUUAGUAAUUGUACCAGCAGUACAUUUGAAUUACAAAAGCUCGAUUGAUAUUUGACUUCUCUCAAAUGUCUUUAGCAUCAAUAUGCAGGGCUUGGAUGAUGAGUGAAAUUGAUGCUCUGGUCAAGAGUAAGGAGGCUGCCUGGGACAGGUAUAGAUUAAGUGUAUCUCUGGAACAGUUUGGGGAACUACAAAGCAAACUAAAAAUGGAAAUCAAAGGGUAAAAAGGGAACAGGACAUAUGUAGCUCUGGCAGAUAGUAUUAAGGACAAUCCCAAGAGGCAAGACAUAAAGGGAAAACGGGUAAUUAGAGAGAGUGGGGCCUUUCAGGAAUCAAAGCCAUCAACUCUGACACACGAGAUUGGCAAGGACCUCUGAGUAUUUCUCCUCUGAUUUUACCAUGGAGGACUGUGGAACAUGGGGCAGUCAAUGGAUGUUAUUUGAGAGGAGUCAGUAUUACGUUCGAAGAGGUGCUGAAGGUCCUGACAUGUACGAAGGUAGAUAGAUCUCCUGGGCCGGAUCAGAUAUAUCUGCUAACACUGGGAACCUGGAGAUGAAAUUGCAGAAACCCUGGCUAACAUUUGCGUUAAUACAUGCAGGAGAGGUACCGGAAGACUCGAGGUUGGCAAAUGUUGUGCCUUUAUUCAAGAAGGGCUGCAGGGAAAAUGCUGGAACUAUAGGCCAGUGAGCUUAACAUCUGUAGUUGGAAAGUUAGUAGAGAGUAUUCCAAAGGAUAGGAUAUACAAACAUAUAAAUGCACAAGGGCUGAUUAGGGAAAGUCAGCAUGGUUUUCUACAUGGGAGGUCUCACAAAUCUGAUUGAGUUUUGUUGAAGAUGUGACCAAACAGGGCAGAGUUGUAGAUGUAUAUUUUUGGCUUCAGCAAAGCAUUCGACAAGGUUCCACAUGGUAGGCUGCUCUGGAAGGUUCGUGUAGGAUCAAAGGAGAGAUAGCUGAAUGGGUAGAAAUUUGGCUUAAUGGAAGGAAGCAGAGGGUAAUGGGUGAAGAUAGCUUCUCGGACUGGAGGUCUAUGCCUAGUGGUGUAUCUCAGGGUUUGGCGCAGGGCCCAUUACUGUUUGUUAUCUAUAUCAAUGAAUUGGAUGAGAAUGUACGUGGCAAGAUUAGCAAGUUUGCAAAUUGUACAAAAAUAGUGAAGAUGGAUGUCAAAAAUUGCAGCAUGAUCUUGAUUGGUUGGUCAGGUGAUGUAAUUUAACAAGUGUUACAUUUUGGAACGUCUAACAUGGGCAGGUUCUACUCUGUGACUGGUAGAGCUCUGGGGGAGUGUUUCUAGAGCAGAGGAAUCUAGGAGUACAGGUACAUUGUUCCUUGAAGGUGAUGGCACAGGUCAAAAAGACUUUUAGCACAUUGGCCUUCAUCAGAUUGAGUAUACAAGUUGGGAGAUCAGCAGGAAGCUGCCCUCUGCAUCUGAGUGUCCAUCGUCAAGGAAUGUACAGGGAGGUGGCCAUCACCACUGUAAUUCUGUGAGCUGAGAGCCCACUCCCAUCACUGCCAGCUGUGAAAAGCUAUGAGUGAUUUUAAGUUUUAAUUAAAUGUAUCUGGCAUUCAGUGACAGUUCAAAGCUUGAAUUAUACAGUUAAAUUAAUAUUUUUUUCAAAUUAACGAAGAGCACAGUUAAAACAAAAUGUUUAAAGGAUCGUGCCCACAACUUUGAUCCCUAAGUUUUGUAUUUGUGCACUGUGUCUCUGUUAUGAUGUAAAUUCCCCUAUUUACAGUGAAUGCUGCAUAAAGGAAGAGGUGAAACUUUGGGUUUUUGAAAUUACACUUAAAUUUAUCAUGUGUCAGCUGGACUGAUGUAUAUUUCAUUAAAAGAUAGCACAUUUCUGUGAUUAGAGGUAAAACCAAAGUGUUUGCAAGGGGAAUAACUCAAUAUAAAUCAUUUAUCAAGUGCUCCCAUAUAUUGGGAAGUCAGAUUUUACUGUAACUCUUGGUGUUUGUUUUCAGAUUUCCAGCCAACAUGACAUCAACACCUUUGGUUUUCAUUGCAACCUGUUGUCUUCUGGUCACCCACAUCUCUCUUGCUACGUGUCGUGCUGCAGACCUGAGUAUUGUUCACAGAUUGGGUUCCAAUGCCAGCACAGAUACUGACGAAGAAAAUGAUCAAUUUCUUUCCUACAUCCUGAGGGAGAAGUUACUCCAGCUUUUGGAACAGAAUCCAAACAACAUGCAGAUUCAAUCUCCAGUAUCCUUGGAUCAGAUUCUGAAUGAAAUCCUUGAUAAAGAUGCCAAUCGCCUCCUGCAGCAACUUAUCACAAGCACAGAAACACUUGCGUCUACUCAAGAAGCAGGUCAUGACAUGGUGCCAGCUUUUGCUGAACGCUCAAAGAGAUCUGCUGAACCGGUCAAUUCCUUGGAUCUCACGUUUCACCUCUUGAGGGAAAUGAUUAAGAUGGCUAAUAAUGACAAGCAACGGAUGCAAGCAGAGAAAAAUCGCAAAAUUAUGGACACUAUUGGCAAAUGAUGUAUAUGUAGAAUCUAGCAGUAUAUCUUGUCAAAUUGUUUCCCCAAAGAUUCAUUCAAAUUCACAAUCCGCUAACCAAAUCUGUCUUUUGUGUAAAUUCAAAAUAUGUUCUUUACAAAAUUUAUCAAAUAAA